AGGCAGCUCGUCUCGGUCUGAGCUCAAGCCCGCCACCAAACGCCCAGUCGGCAGUGAUUGGUCCAAAUCGCGCGAGAAUCGAAAUGAGGAGCGCAGAGCCAAGGCCGCGGAAAGAGAGCGCGCACGCCGAGAAAACAAAGAGCAGCGACGAGCACAGGCCCUCAGUGAAACCACUCCACAGGCAACCACUGUAUCCAACACCCGCAUACCUGUACCAGCCGAUACCACAUGCGAUGCUAUCAGCGACUUUGGCGAUGAAGACGACUGGUUCCAACCCGCCGCAGCUCAACCAGCGACCAUGCCCAACACACACAAGUCCCGUAGGGAUGUAAGAGGCUCACCCAAACCUCAGGCGAAAGAGAAAGACUCGCCUCGGGUGACGAAGCUGCAGGCACAGGAUGCCCAAACAAAUACCCCAGCGGAACCAGCAGAUGCCAUGAGUGACGGGGGGCAGACUGACCAGAAUUGGGACAACCAACCCGAGAGCGUAGGAGCGUAUGCGGAGCACACGGAAGACGCGUACACAGAUGAACACCAGACACAUCAAGAUCACACAACUCUAACACCCGACAAUCGUCUGCAGCAGAUGGAUGCGCUGGGCUAUCAGGACAGGCAGGCGGUGCCACAGGCAUACAGGAACGUGACAAGCACAAGGGACGGUGAGAACCAAGGGUAUGGUAUGGGCGAGGACUAUGGUGAUGUGCAGGGAGAUGAUAUGUAUGACGAAGACAAGGCAGUGCAAACGAAGGACACGGACAGUGCCCAGACGACAGCCUAUAAUAGCGGAGCACCAGCAGACAACGAAGAGGAUGGCAGCGACUUCUCAGAUGGCUGGGCUGAUCGUACGAAAGAAAGAGGUGGACAGGACGCGGACACAUACUCACAUGAGCUACCCUUGCCGAACGAAGAGAUUGAAGCUGGUUACGACGAAGACAUCAACACAAAAUCAUCUGCAGAGUCGUACGGAACCACACCUGCAGAUGAUUGCGUAGAGGAAGCGGUGGAGGGGGCACAGAUAACCGGAGACGGGCCGGAGGCGGAGGAAAGCGCUGACCAGUGGGGUGCAAGUGACUCUUAUACUGGGAGUGGUUUUGAUCCGGCAGGUGAUGGGGGCGAUGGUAUUAGCGUGUAUGAGGAGAUGCCUACGGAUGUGGGGCAGGACCAGCAAGCGAGAGAUAGCCAGGAGACAGCAGAUGGUAGCGAUGAUGCGUCAGGGCAUGCAGAGAGUGUCAACGAUGCACUAGAUCGACCACUUCAAAGGGUGGACGGUGAUAUGAACCAUGUUGACACCAAAGACCAGACUGGCAGUCAAGAUAGCUUGCAGGACGCUUAUGCAGAAGACGUGCACAGCAACUCAGUGAGCAACUCGGUGAGCAACUCGGUGAGCUAUGUGGACGAAACUGAAAGUAUUGCGUACAAAGCACAGUGGUCCCGCGGGGAUACGCCUCAGGCGCUGUCAGACGAGGGCUGGGAGCAGAUAGAGGGGGUCACCACCACCAGCAGUGAGCAAGGGGAACUGAUUGGCCUGAGUGAUGCUACCCCGGAUGUCCCGGAGGGUGAGGUUGUCGAUAGACCAUUCGUGUCGGAGGAGAGUAUUGCGUCUGUGGAUGCCGCUGAGGAUGCCAGUGCGGUACUUAGCGUGGGGGUGGAGGCGACACGGUCAGAGACUAUGGAUAUGGAUGCGAGAGGACAGGCAGUGGCAGAGGCAAUGGAUGGGAGUCAGUUCAAUAGGGCUCUGUCUGAUGCGCAAGAGAUGGGCAGUGCUCCAGAGGGCUUUGAUACGUACACUGAUGCCCACCAACAGAACGAGUAUGCACAGGCACCGGUUGCAGAGGACUACUACCAGGAUGACGGGGUGCACCACGAAGACGCUACUGCUCACGGAGAGGGCAGUCUACAGGACAGGACAAUCACGGUACAGGAACGGAUGAGUGGCGAUAUAAACCAGCAGCAGGACUACACGCCACAGGAAGUCAACGAUUAUGAUGGUUCAGAGGCGGACUUUGGUGAAGAGGAUUUCCUGAGUGCGAAAGGGGUGUAAAUCCUGUGAGGCG